ACUGGCACCCCGCCUCAGUUCCAGGUGAACAGUCCAUCACGACAGACCGGCUGGGCUACGGCCGCACAACACCCCCAACAACUACUCACACAAGUUGCCUCUCUCUCUCUCUCGCUCUCUCACCUCAGCUGAAUCUCUUCUUUCUUUUCGCUAGGAAAAGAAACGACACGAAAUCGAAGAAAUUUAGUUGAAAUCCCCCAAGAAAAAGGUGUUGCGAACUCUCCGUCAUUUUUGUGUGGAUGGUCGGUCACUUAGUUCUUUGUCGACCGUCAGUUUUACAAUUAUUUGGUGCGUCAUCGGUGGUAGCGGCUCUUGUAUAAUUGGUGAACUCAUUUGAAAAAUCAUCGCCCAGUCUCCUCUCCUUCUCCUCCCACAGCACUUGCGAUAUUGACCAGGAUUACACAAUUUUUCACAUCACCGGAAGGGACCGGUUGGGAAAAGAAUUUAUUGUUUUUUUUUUUCGGAAGCGCUUUUAACGGGCGCCAACGAAUCAAGUUUUUCAAUUCAACUUUCCACGUCCGGCCCGUGAGUCCCAAGAUGCAGCAGCAGCCAUCCAUCGGUGGAUGGAGCGUUGCUCUUGCGGCUCUCCUCUUACUCAACGUCGCAUUCAUCAAUGCCAACCAAGGAGGAGAAGGAUCAACGUCCGCCUGCGACCUGUCGACCCAAGUGGCAUGCCGGAAUCAUCCCAGCAUCUGCAUCGAGCUAGAACGUGUGCAGGACGGCGUCGCCGAUUGUCCCGACGCAUCCGAUGAAGAUUGUCAGCCUUGGGAGUUCACCUGCUUGUGCGGGCAGCCACGUUGCAUCAGCGGAGAUCUGGUUGGCAACGGGAACCUGGACUGCGCUGAUGGCUCCGACGAAGGGCUGAUUGGUGGCAACUGCAAGUCGGACGAGGACUUGCAGAACAUCGACGACCUCGUUAGAUACCGACGCGCGUCCUCCGAUGUGCGAGUGGAAGUCAACGCCGGUCAAACGACGACGUUCUUCCUGAAGACGGAAUUGCCUUUGAACCGGCCCAGGCCGUUAGGAGUCAUCACGUCGACCAAAGGAGCCUUCAUCAACGAAGGGACGACAACCGAGUACACGACGCAGAUUGUCGGCACUUUGGUGGACGGCACUUACGCCAAGAUCCAGAGCACCAAAUCGCGCGUUUUCUCGCCCGUCCCGACUGAUUUGUUCGCCGUCGAUCUGCCCGCCGAUCUCCUACCUACUGGACUCGUUUCCAGCUCAUUGGUCACGCGCAUUCGAGGUGAAACGACCACAAUCGAAACGACCGAAUUCGUCAGGACUUUUAUCGAUGCCAUUUACGUCCAAGAAAUCCUGACCUCUUCGGAAAUCUUUGCCCCACUUAAGCCGCUCGACGCCAAUGUCCAGCCGUCGCCCGUCAGUCAGAUUGUUAUCCCCACUGUAGUCAUCGACAGCAGUCUGGCCAACGAGGACGAUUCCGGCAAGAUCAUUUUCAAAACGGCCCACCUGACUUCGCUGGUCGGCGAGCGGGUGAUUGAAUCUUCCAUUGGCGGAAUCAAUCCGGCCUUCGAUGAAGACAAACCCACCGAUGACGAGAGCAAGAAGAUCAUCACCAGUUUCGAAGAAGUUCCCGACAACAACCUGCGCGGAUCUCGAGCCAGGAGCGACUUGUCGCCAGAACUGGUCGUCCAGACCAAACCUGUCGUCGUUCUAGAGACUUUCGUUGCCAAUUUGCCAUCGGCUCGCAUCGCCCAUCCGUCUGCCAUCGAACCGGAAAUCUCCGAAUCUGAUGUGCCCGUCACGGAGGAAACAGAAUCGACGACCAUCAACCUUUUGUCGGAUGAGCCGGAACCUGUUUUACCUGUCGAAAUCGAAACCGCGGUAAAAGAUCCUGCCAUCAAAAUCGAAACUGUGGAGUCCGAACCGAUCGUCAUCCCUGAAACUGUCCAAUCGGAACCCACUCCAGCCGUCGUCGUACCUGAAGAGCCCGUCGUGCCCGUCAAUAUCGAAUCUGUUGCAGAAUCGGAGCCUGUCGUUCCCGUUAAAACUGAAGUUAAAGAGGUCCCGGCCGUUCAAAUCAUCGCUGUUGAAUCAGGAUCUGUUCCAGUCGUUAAAACCAACACUCCUGCGCCAGCUGUGAUUGCUCCUUUCCACGUCGAUGCUGUCGUCUCUGACGCCGCCCUUGUUGAAGGCAUCGAAUUCGAACCGGAAGCCUUUACGGAUGUUCCGGAAAGCGAAACGGAAGCCAACACGGAAAGUGAAGUACCUAGUCAAGACGGCCAAAGGGAACCUCGCGUUGAAGCGAGACCGCCAGCAAUCAGACCGGCUAUUCCUGUCCUGGCGACACUCCAACUCCGACCUACUGAGCCAUCCCGUCCAGUCGGACUCAUCUCCUCUUUUGAAGGUUCUCUUGUCAAUAACGGAGUUACGACCGUCUACACUUCGCUCAUCUUUGGCACGGUCAUUGAUGGCGAAUGGGCUAACGUGGUGAGCACAAUCACCAGCGUCAUAACUCCCUCGGCCGUCUUGCCCGUCCAAGUGACACCUGUGAGUGCUGCCCCAGCUCCGAUCGUUCCCGUUAAAGCCCCCGUUGAAAUUGUCGCCACUGCACCCGUCGCCGUAGCUGUCACAGAGUUACCGGUCGAAUCUAAAUCAGUGACGCCCGUCGAGCUGGAGAGCAGUUUAAGCCAGCCGGUUGAGGCCAGCACUCCCGUCGCCGAAACACCCCAAGGUUUAUUGCCCGUCACUCGGGUGACCACAUUCACCUUCUUCACGACGUUCACGGAAACCAAAGGAGAAGAAGUCAUCACUUCCGUCAGUUCCCGUGAGGUGGUCAGUUCCGACGUCCAGUUCGUUGAAGAGACAAUCAAACCGGACGAUAUCAUCGAGAUGAUGCUGGGCGAAUCUGGCAAUGAGACCAGUCCGUCCAUCACGACCGUCUUCAAGACCUACACCUAUUUCUCGACCCUGUUCGAUGAAUCGACAACUAAAAUGAUUACACGCGAGGAAGUUGAGUCCAGCGUGAUUACCCUCACUGGCGACAGCCCAGUGGCUGCUACACCGAAGUUCCAGGAGGCUACAACGAUGAUGGAACCAGAGAUGAUGAGCACUAAAUUGGUGGACGAAAUCCAGCCCAGUGUCAUCGAAUCUUCUUUGAUGGAAUCGGUUGGCGAUGCGGAGGGCAAGAGGAAACAGCUGUUCAGCUCGCUGGCCGGCGGGAUUGUCAAGACCUUCUUCACCACGUUUACCUUUUUCACGACCGCAUUGAUCAACGGAACUACCGUCGUUUCUAGCCGCAUCGUCGUCAGCACCAACGCCGUGACGCCCACUGUCCAGCUGACCGAUAUCGACGAAGAACUUUGGGAGUCGCUCAAAGCCCAGGAUGAACGCAGAAGCCAGGAAUCUGCUUUGGCGUCUAUUCCGGCUUCCGUUUCAGAGUCCGUUUCAGAGCCCACCCUUACGGCUGUAGCUGGGCCGACAAUUGAAACCGUUGUUCCGGUCGUGUUCACUACAACCCCUGUCGUAUCGACGCCUGAACCAACCAUCCUCGCCGUGGAACCCGUUUCGGAAGAACCCGAAAUUAGCCUGCCGGAAGUAACGGUCGAAACCUCAGAGGAGCCCAUCAUCUCUACCGACUUGCCAACUCCGCCAUCCGUCGAAGAACCGGUCCCGGUUGUUCCUAUUGAAAUUCCAAUGGAACCCACUCCGGUGAUGGUUUCAUCCGAAUCGCCGAUGGAAGUCAUUUCCGAGGAACCGGCCGUCAUCGUCUCUGAAUCUCCAGACGUUGCAACCAUCGAGCCUUCAACGGAAACCGAUCCGUCGCUUCCGCAAACGCUCUACACGACUUUCACUUACUUGACGACCUUUUUCACGGAGGGAACGUCCAACGUCGUGAGCCGUGAGGAGACGGUGACCAACGUGAUUACCGAAACGGACGUUGUAGUUGAGGCCACGGUCCCGGUCUUCCCCAUCACUUACUACACGACGUUCACUUAUAAAACAACAUCGUUUUCCGAAGGGCAAACUUUGAUUGACACGCGAGAAGAGACCGUGACCAACAUCGUGACUCCCACAGCGGCCGAACCAUCUCCGGCAUCUGUCGAGCCGAUCGUUGCAACGUCGGUGGUCGAGAUCAUACCCACGCCCGCCAUCGAUCCGGCCCUGACCACUUUCUACACCACCUUCACCUAUUUCGCAACCAGUUUUGAAGCCGAUUUGCCCGUUGUGACCAGCAGCGUUGAAACCAUCACCAAUUACGUUUCCGCGUCUGAAACGGUCUUGCCUCCGUUUGUCAAGUCGCCGGCCGGCCAGGAUGAAGCUCUGGUUAUCGACAUCCAGCCGACACCACCGGCCACUGCCGGCGAGUCGGUGGCCAACAACACGGCCCGUAAUAUUGGCACUAAUGGGGUCAGCCAGUUGAUUAUCGACUUGGCGGAAUCGGAAAAGACAAGCCUUCCAUCUCUGACUGGAUUGCUGUCAACCAUCCGCAGCACGCUGGUCAAUAACGGCAUUACGACCGUCUUCACAACUGACGUUCUUGGCACGUUCAUUAAUGGACAAUACGCCCGCAUCUUGGAGAGUUCGAGCGAAGUGCUCAAUCCGGCUGUUCAAAUUCCGGCAACUGUUAUCGUGGCUGCCAGCGGAGUGGAAGGUUUGGAAGCAACGGAUUUGUUCCCGACUUCUGUCUCGACACCGGCCGUCGAGUUGGAAGGGUCUAUCGUCCUGCCCGUCAGUCCAUCGCAGACGACGAUUAGCCCAACACCUGCGGCUGAAAGUGGCGUCGAAGAACAGGACAAUGAAGGCUCAAAAGUGGACGGUGGGCGGAUCACGACGCGCCUCUCGGCCCCUCCCCGCAACCGCACUUUCGUUCCCUCCAUCCGGCCGUUCACCCAGCGGCCGCGACCUCCUUUGCCCAUCAGGCCAAGACGGCCGCCUUUCACCAGUGCCGCCGCCAGCGUGGCUGGUGACGAGACCAGCUCCACCCCUUCCAUUGCACCUAGCCCGGCCUCAAUCAGCGGUAGCAGCAGCAGCAGCAGCAGCAGCAGUUCUACUUCUGCUGGUAGCAUUAGCCGCCCAGCUCCGUUUAGCAGCCGAUUCCGGCCUUCCGGCGCUUCGUCAAUUGUCGUCGCCAGCAGCACGUCAACGGAAUCUUCAUCCCGAAGCGGAAGCCAAUUUUUCCGUUUGCGAUCGUCGCUGUCCGGCUCGCCGUCCAGCUCUGGUGGCAUCAGCCCAACUCCCGUCUUGACCCCCUCUUCCACUGGUCUUCCGGGCCGUCGAUUCUCCAGCAGCAGUUUCGUUCCAUCGAUCGGUUCCGCUCGUAGUAGUAUCGGCGGAUUGCCUCCUCGACGGCCAUCCAUCUUGAGCAGUGGUGUCCGUCCUUCUGGACUAUCUAGCAGCACGAUCGCCAGCGCCAGUAGCCCAGCAUCGACGACUACUCCGCGAUUUGCACGACCGACUACUCCGCCGACCGUCGCCGCUAUCGAGGAAGAAAUCACAACCGACGAUAAUGUCGAGGCCGUCUCGCCAACUACGGCACGGACGGCUUCCUCCUCAUUCCGACGACCUGCUCCAAUCAGACCAGCAAGUCCAGCCAUUGAACCUUCCUUGGUAUCGCCGCUCAUUCCAUCCCGUCGCCAGUUUCCGUUUUCGAGGGCCAAUUCCCGUAACGUGAAUCCGGCCGUCACGGUGACGGAAUCGACUCGCGCUCCCUCCGAUUCCGGUAGUUCCAGCAACGCCGUUCCGUCUGAAUCAGGCGCUACAUCUCGCCCCAGAUUCGUUCGCCCGCCGAAAUUGACUUUUACCGAAAAACCAAGACCGGCCGUCACUAGACCCACUCGGCCAGCCAACAGAGGCGAAGCAGUGGCGGCGGCGGCAUCCAACAUCAAUGUGGUCACGGUCGAAGCGCCCGAAACCGUCAACUCCCGGUCCAAGCGUCAAAUUGAUUUCGAUCACUAUUUCUACGAUCCCGCUCACUACCGCCGGCCGUCCAGAAAGACCAACCGGACGCGCAGUCGCACCACCACCGCCACCGCCCUAAACCAGGACUAUGACUACGAGCAACGCAUCGCUCUACUCGACGCUGUCGAUUACGAUGGAUUAGAUUACGAUGAUCGUAAAGUGACCAAAUCCCGCCAGACGUCCUCGGCCACCUCAGCCCUUAGAGAUCGACUUAUGGCCAACCGUCAAAACCGCAAUCAAAACACUACGCCAGCCCCACGAACACGGACGAGGACCUCAGCGUCAUCGACGGGGAGAACUCAGAGCAGAAGACCUGGAACUUCUACGGCGACUAGAAGCCGUCCGUCGACCAAUGCGGCAGCCAGGCAAAGAGCCAGAACAUCUACCACGACCGAAAGACCGUCAGGUGGUCGCCGUACCUUUGGCAAUAACGCCAGAAGGCCCGGCACCAGGAAUCGUGUACCCGCCAACGAUUUUGAAGAGGAAGAAUUCAUUUCUCCUGAGCCCGUUCUACCCAGCUCUGCCCCUUCGCUCUCCUUGCCGAUCAGUGUGACCCACAAGAUCCCGACGGAAACAACCAUUCCGGUGGUGAACAACGGCCGGACCGAAUUCAGAACGGUUAUUGCCGCCAAGCCGAGCAUUGAAGUGCUGGACCAGUAUUCGACCAUGAGAGUUAGUGGUACAUGGCGUUAUCUGGCCAGUGAGGUGAGCGCUACCCCGACACCGGGCACGACCCUCAUUACCCAAUACGUUUUGAAACCGACGGAAACGACGACGGUCACCUUUACGCCGACUACUAUCCGCGGACGGCCGACUUCCUUUUCCCACAUUGUGCCCAGCACAGCUUUCGAAGUAGAGACGGUCGUCUCGACCAUUUCCGAUCCGUUGGCAUCCACCAACAACCUCCUUCAACAACUUUUGCUCGGCGGACUUCAACAAAGUGGACCCGUCACCAGUUUCAUCACCCACACCAACACGUUCGUGACGACAUUGACGGAAUUGAAAACGACCAAAAUUCCAAUCACGCUGCGUGGUCAAGAAAUUUUCACGACCAUUAUUGGCUCGCUGAGUAGUGUCAUAACCGCCACCGAUUUCAGUACGGAGACCAUCAUCACUGGACCGACUGAAGGACCUGGAAAUCCACUAGCUAAUUUGCUUCCGGCUCUUUUGGGAAAUCAACUCCUCCAAGCGCAACUGUUGGCUCCUCAACUCCAGCCGGCCCAAGUGAUGCCCAUCCAAGCCACUCAGGUUCCCCAAGCAGCUGUUGUGCCACAACAGCCGAAAAAGGAAGAAGUUUUCUCCAGUCAAGUGUUUGACGAUCAGUUUGAAGAAGUUGUAUUCGAGCCUCUCGAAGAAGUGAAAGCAGUUUUUGAACAGCCAAGAGAAGAAAUCAUUCCGGCUAAACCUAUUCCGGUUACCAGUGUAAUCACUCUCUUCUUGUCUGGUCGUCGCCCCGGAGAAUUCAGUUCCAUUUUGUCGACCAUCACAUUGGACGGAGCUGACGCUACGGUAGUCAAGCGCCAAAUCGACCCCACGGAUAUCCUUCCGAUGGAAGCAUCCGAGCUCCCUUUUAUGGUGGGAACAGACAAAGGAAUCUACGAGCUGCCAGAAAAGUAUUCACCACUCGAUCUCGACUAUUAUGUCAUGUCGGCCAUUAACGAAAUGGACACUGAAGCCAUUGAAGACGCUAAAGAGACCCAGCGUCUGGCUGACAUUGUCAAAAAGGCAAAAGGAUCAAGCAAGCGUAAAGUUCGUCAAGUUUCAUUCGACUGGACCGAAGAAGAGCCACUGGAAGCCAUUGAAUCUAAUUUGGAGGAAUUUAGAGUGGAGCCGUUGCCCAGCGGACGCGGAACACUCCGCCGCAGGACCGUCACUCGCAAAGUGUCUGAUCUUUUGCCGGUUUCUGAACGUAAAAUCGGCGAGGAUUUCGUAUCCAACAACCGAGCCCGUAAAGUUGUUGUCGUCACUCGACGCCGCCCGGUUUCACCCACCAACGCCGUCGAUGAACAGACAAUCGCUCGCCGGAUCGAUAAAGAAGAACCGGCCAACGCUAACGCUGAUGGCAAACCUUUUGUCGUGAUUCGCAAGAGACCAGUCAAUCGAGAGGAACCUAAAAGCGAAGCACCGCCUCUUUCUUCCUCGUUGAUCGAACCGGAAACGGAAUCUCCGUUGCGGAACAACCUUUUCGGCGACGCCUAUGCUCCGCGGACCUACUUCACCGUCUAUUCUUAUUUCUACACGCUGUUGAACGGCCCAAAUUCCGGACAAGUGUCUACCCGUGAAGUCAGCAUCUCGGAAGUGGUUCGCGGCUCAGACGGCCGCAUUCCUGCCGGAUUCCAGCGCACCGAAAAUGGAAACGGAUUGUAUCCUUUGAGCAGCGGCCGAUCGGUGGCCGAUCUCAGCACUCGCAUCAACAAUGGCAUCACGACUCAGGUCAAUUUGGCGUCGAUUACUUUGGUCAAGUACGGCCGCGGAGCCGUUCGAGCCUCGGCUAUUGGCCUCAAACCCAAGGAGGAAACACCCGUCCGUCUGACCACUCAGCCACCUCGCCGAUUGUCCAUCGUGCCCACUCCUCGUGUCGAACCUUCAUUCGACGAUUUCGCUUCCGAUUUGAACAAUGACGUGACCGUUUUGCCGACCCAGAAACUUCCAUCGGCAGUUACACGGACCAGAGGACGAGCGCUGGAUGCGGCCAGAACCACAAAUGUUGUCCGCCAACCAGUUGCCGUCGAAGAGGUUAAGACAAUUAGCAGAGCUCCCGGUUCCAACCGCGGUCGAGGCACUAUUCGAUUCAAUCCAGCUUCCGUCUUGGGAGAAAGUGUGGAUGUGCUGCCGACAUUGACCAGGCCACGUGUUAAUGUUGAACAACGAGUUCCGCAACAACAACAACAGCCCCGAAUCAUUGCUCCGCCCACUCGUGGUCCGGUUCGAGUUCCUUCUCGAGUUCUUCCAGCCCGCGUUCCGGUCCGCAGUUCAAUCGUCAGAGAGCCUAUUCGAAGACCAGAACCAGUAGUCCGCAAUUCAAUUAUCCGAGGCCGCCCACGACCGAUUCAAGAACAAGACCUCUUUGUCGACGUUCCGGAAGAAGAGCCUCUUCCGCCAUUUGAAGACGAAGUUUUCUACGACGAUCUCGGUUUCACCGAAGACCCUCCAGCCGACGAAGAUUACUUUUACGAUAAUCACGAAGGCGGAUUAAUUGACGGACAGGAACCUGAAUACGAUGACUUUGUGGACACUAAUGAGCCGCCACUAGUUGAACUCAACACGGUCGAGACUGCGACUCCGGCUGUUAAAACCAGGACCACCGUGGCCAGCACACCAGUGGCCAGCACAACGGCAACUGAAUCCAGCACUACCAGCAUUAGCAAAUUGAUUGGCGUCACACCAGUCCGCCGGACGACAAUUUCUCGUAAAUUGUUGAAUCCCCUUCAGAGCCAUUUGAGCAGCAUUUUGGCCAAUUCACGAUCCGGUUUGAGAUCGAGUUCCAGCGUUCUAAAGACCAAUGAACCCGGUUCAUCCAUUCCGUUCCGCCUUCGUUCACACUCGAAAUCCAGCGUCGUGCCGACAUUCACUACGUCGACGGUCGUUUGGGAACAAUUCCAAACACUCUCGACUCUGGCCGUCGACGGAGGUCGAAGUGGAAUUCCUUUGACGCUUAUCACAUCAUCGCUGACUACCUUGUACGAUUCGGAAUUGUCACUCUUGACGGCGUCUCCGGAUGUGUUCAAACCAGUCGUUCAACCGACCGUCUUGCCCAUGUCCCGAAAUAAACCGCAUAAUUUCAACCCAACGGCCCGUCUGACAUUGCCGAUCCGCGCAUCGGUAGCUAUCGGUCUCCUGCCAUCGACGGGCAUCGUCGAGUCGACCAUCGAAGACACGUCCGAGCCAACUACCGAGUCCAAUAUCGACACGACAGACGUUCCCUUCUUGUCCGACUUGUUGAAUCGCGGUGGCAACAUCGUCACAGUCGUCGAGACGCACCUGAAAACUUUCACCGCCGUCAUCACACGAAAGAGCGGCAACGAAGAGGAGGUCACCACCCGCCUGGAAGUCCUGCCCGAAUUGGUAACCAAGACGGUUGUUCAAAUCGAGCCGACAUCAGUUGUUGAUGUCCAGGCUUCCCUAGACGCUUUGGAGAAUCUUGUUCCGACGGCUCGAGCAAUUCCCGCUAGAGAUGGCCGCGAACAGCUGAUUAGCGAUGACGGGAUCGAAGAAGUUCGUGGCGCUCGCCUCAACGUCGGAUCCGGCAGCAGCAAUAGAAACCCAAAUUUCGCCACGAAAAUAAUGAGCAAUGGAGUUGAAGUUCUCGUUGCCAACGAGAAGAAACCGACGCUGUUGGCGCAGAACGUCGUCCAAAAAAGCCAGACGGUCAUUGAGCCGAGUCCGCCCAUCACUCUGGCCGCUAGCACGCUGAUCAAUCAAGUUACUCUGGCUGGCGAAGUUGAAAAUGUUCGCCUCUUCUCUUCCAUCCAAUCCGAUCCUGCUCGAUUCCAGACGCUCACUCAAAUGACCACCUUCACUUACCUGACGACUCUGUUUGAUGGCGCCUCGAAACUGGUCAGCAGCCGGGAGGAGAUCAUCACUAACUUUGUGACGCAGGAAAAGGGCCGUAAGGAAACCGUUGUCAAGCCAACAGCUACCGUCACUACUGGGCAGCCCGGCUCCUCCAACUACAACACUUUUACCCACAUGACCACUUACACCUACUUCAACACUUUUGUCGAUCAAAAACGGCCCGUUGUUUUGACGUCAAAGGAAACCGUUUCCAAUGUUAUUACCGUUCCAGCUGGUCAACCGGAAGCUUCUGAACCCUCUUUCGAAACGGCCACUUACUUGAGAACUUACAUCUUCUCUAGCAAGCUGGACAGGGAUGCCAUCGCCACGUCCAAGGAAGUCGUCACCCAAGUUGUCGUCACUGAAGCUCCGCGCUUGAAGGUUCAACCGACGCCCGUCGCCACCUUUAUGGAAGUCACCAAAACCUAUUUGAACACGUUGACUUUGCUGUCGACUCAAAUUGACGGCACAACAUCGACUGUCCAUCGCGUCACCACCGUCAGGCCGGAAAUCGUCGUCGAGACCAUCCGCGACUUUGAGCCGACGCCAGUUCUCGAUGGCUCUCUCAUUAUGCCCACGGAAGAUGAUUUUGGCGGAGACGGACCACUUGUCGCCACCAAAACUUAUUUCACCACCAAGACUCACUUUACGACCCUGCAGCAAGGCACCAAGACCAUCGUCCAAUCUCGUAAAGAAGUCCGGUCUUCCGUUGUCACUGAAACCAUCGACGGAAAUCGAGCUUCACUUUUCGCCCAGCCUGCCAGCGUUGCCAAGGCCCGCCCGACUUACGUCCAGCUUGGUCCCAAUCUGUACGGAAAGUUGAGGACCUUGUUCGCCACGGCUACUUAUUUCAUCACCAAUUCCGCCGGAGAAAUCUCGUCUAAACGACUUGUCGUUCCGCAAGUUAGUACCGAGAUGGUUCCGCUGGAUUCCAUCCCGUCGGAAGCACUUAUCGAGCCAUCGAUUCCUGUUCUCUCCGACAUUGAGGUGACCGAAGUACCUACCGGAUCCAGCCAGAUCCUGACACCUGAGCAGCUUCAGUCUUUGAAGCUUUCUUUCCUGGCCGGCCAGCAAUCCUCGGCAGCCAACGUGCAGCCCAGUUUGGUUUUGAGUCCUGAACAUUUGAGUUCGCUGAAAGAAUCUUUCUUGUCCAACCAGCCGUCUGUCACGCCGACCGACUCGCCAUUUGAGACAAUCGAUACUUCCACCGAUCCUGAAUUGACAGACUUUACCACCGAUCCCAGCAUUGAUGACGGUUUCGAGCCGCCAGUAAUCAGCUUGUCUCCGCCGGAAGUAGGUGCCGGGGAAACGGUGAUUAUGGUUACCAAUACCGCAGGUGAGGUUUUGAUCAUUCCGACCGAGAUCCUCGGCAACCAACCAUCGGUGACCUCAUCAUCUUCAUCUUCGUCAUCUGGCAUCAUCGGCGGAUUGAGCGGAGGUACAUUGGCAUCCAUCUUGGGCGGUCUCGGUACAAUUGGACUAACUGCAUUGGGUCAAAGUUUUGCAAACAAUAAUCCUGGUGGUCUGAAUAUUAACCUGGGGCCGAUGUUUGACGCUAUGACGGGCGUCCUCUCCAAUGGACUCAUUGCAUCCAGAAGGAAUAGCACGGAUCGUUCGGACACGUCUGCUCCGUCCCAUUUAACCUCAUUUAACCAACAACAACACCCCUCUAACACAUUCCCUCCCUCUAAUCCUCGUGUGACCUUACGUGAACCGCUCUUUAUCCCUAUCGGUGGAUUAGCAGGUGUUGAGACUCUACAACAGAAUCCCGACGUGCAAGGCCGUCGGCCGCCCAACAUUAUUCCACUAAGACCGGGCCAGCAGCUGCCACAGCAGCUGACACCUAACCGACCUCAGAGACCACCCACUCUUCUGCGUCGUCCUGAACCCGGAGUCCCACUUCAACCUGGGGUACCUGGCUCGCCUCUUCUUCGUCCUGGAGCUAGUAUUGGCCAGCAAUUUGGAGUUGGUCAGCCAGCCCAGCAACUAGUAGCUGCGCCAAUUAGCUUCAGCGCUCCACCGCUGCAGACGGGAUUCACUGGCAUGCCCAAUCAGCCCAAGUCCGUCCUACCGUCUACCCGCACCAGCGGAUUGGCCACAGCUGUUCCAGGCGUCCGGCCACCUCCUCCUCCUUUCGUGAACGGCCAAAACAACAUUGAUCGCGCUCAUAUUGAACCUAGCCGCCCGAUCCAGACGCCCAUCCGCCCAGCUAACGGCCAGUUCUUUGCUGCCAAUGGGCAACAGAUUAAUGUGCCACCUUUGCCAGGAUCGGUAAUCCCGCCACCACCAGCAUCUCCUCCUCCUGCCCCACCUGGCCCAAUUCCUCAACCACCAGUCGACGUUAUUGGUCCUGGAUCGAUUGUCCCUGGUCCCGAUGGUAAACCGGUGAGAAUUGUCGGUGUCCCAGAAGGUGAAGAGCCGCCACCAGGAGCUGUUGGACAAGUCUUUAUCCGACCUGUGCCAGCAGUGGUUCCAGUUAUUCCAUCUGUCGUUCGACCUGAGCAACAACUACCUCCUAGACGCGAAGAUGUCAUCGUUCCUCAACCUGGCACUCGCCCGCCACCAAUCCAGAUUCCGGCUGUGCAAACGAUUGCAUCCAUCGUCGGUGACAACAAGAUUGUUGCUACCAACAUCAUCAACGGCGGACAAACCACUGUUCUUCUACCCAACGAUCCUACCCCUGUAUUUAAUGUACCGUCAUUGAGCGUCACGGUCGGCGUUAAACCAUCUAACGUCGAAGAAUUCAGCGUGAUGCCAACCGAAGUAUCCGAGUCAGGAGCUAAUUUGGAAGGUGUGAGCAGCAUUCUCCAGCCUGGCUUGUCCCCUACCACCCCGGCCAGCAAUUUAGAAGGAGUUGGCAGCAUGUUGCAGCCCGGUUUGGCUCCUUCCGCAUCACCAGAAGGAGGCAACAUCGAAGGAAUAGGCAGCCUUUUGCAGCCUGGCUUGGUUCCUUCCGGAGCAGCUAGUUUGCCACCUGCCAUGGAAAUUUCUUCCACUUCAGUGACUCCUUCCCUCCACGAAUUCGCAUUUGGCUCUGAGAGCGGCGAAGUCGAUCACACGCCAACGCUCAACAUCUUCUCCGACAGUCCUUCCACCGAGAUUAUGCCUUCCGUCUUCCAGAACGCUCCAUCUGAAGCUCCAAUAUCCGAGCCCAAGUGGCCACUUGUCCAUCACGACAUGGACACACUUGAAAAGAAGGAACCUUUCGGUGUUACUUCCGUCGUAAUGGGACCCGAUAGUCAAGAAUUUACGACUUUCGUAUCUCGAGUGGAGUCUGACGGCCGAACCGCCUUCUCUACCAUCAUUCAGAAAUCUACCGCCAUCGCUUACGUCGAGCCAACAACUAUGCCAACAACCACCGCCGCUCCAGUCACACCAGACAUUGAAGAAGAGGAAGAAAAGAUCGCGGAGCCUGUCCUAACUUUCCCGCCCAACUCACCGUUCGUUCCGCCAACCAAUCCGCCAAUGCGUCCGCAAGCCAUCAGCAGCAGCAGCAGCACUAGCACUACCAAAUCUAGAACCACUUCGACGACUCCAGCUGCCGAAAUUGAGCCUCCAAUGGCCAAGGAUGUCAUAAUGGACAAUACGGGCAACAAAGUCGUUUUAGGAGGAGGAUUUGGCGGAUCUUUCAGCGUCAACCAACCUUCAUCCAUCCAAGAUGGUUGCCGUGGACGUUGCAGCAAAGAAAAAUCGGAGGUUUGCGUCUACGCCAAUGGCCAGCACGAUUGUUUGUGCCGUCCAGGAUACAGCCGUGCCGAUCCUUUCCUAAGCUGCACCAAAACCUACACCUACCAACUGAAAUUGGUGUUGGAAAGCAUCAACAGGACCAUGUUGCAUUUCGACAACAACUUAAAGGACGAAAUUUCGCCACAGUAUCGCAGUUUGGCAUCGAACGCUCGCAUGGGCUUGAAACAAGCGCUGAUGAGCACGGAUCUGUCUGAAUCCAUUCAAGACAGCCAGGUCAUGGGCAUCCAUCCGACCAGCGAGAGUGAAUUGCAGAGUGACGGUGUUUUGGUCGAUUUCUUUAUCCAUUUGGCAAAACAACAAGACGAAGAUGAACUCAAGAACAAGUUGAUGAAAUCUCUAGAACGAAACAACUACAUUCUUGGAGAUAGUGACAUUAUUGCUUCUCGUUUCACCGACAGUCUUCAAGCUCAAGAUUUUGACGAGUGCAGUCAUGAAGGCCAUCACGAUUGUUCCGAAUUCGCCGAUUGUAUCAAUGAAAAGGGAACUUACCGUUGCCAAUGUCGACCGGGCUACAUCGAUUCUGAAGAGGAUGGUCGCACUUGUCUAGCUGAACGACAAGAUUGCGAAGAGUGUAGCGGACAUGGACGAUGUGUCUUUGAGCCAAUUUCUAAUGAAAUGAGUUGCAUUUGCAACAAGUGGUUCACCGGCAAAGAAUGCCAAAUCAAUCUGAAAGUGGUGAUGAUCGUCGUGCUGGCUGUCGGUAUCUUCAUGAUCCUCCUCGUUACGGCCAUCAUUGUUGUUUGCUGUUUACGUUCGCGACGGGCCAAGGGCUCCAUUACUGGCGGACCUUCUUUCCUCAGAUACAGGGGUCCGAGUGUUCCAGCAAGUGGCACUCUUGACAGAGCGGCCAUGAUUCGUGGAGAUACGAGCAGCGAGGGAAGCGGAAAUGACAACUUCGCCACACAGGGAACAAGCACCUUGGAUGGCAAAGGGGGACCACGCGGAACAGCUGGAGGCCCUGCCCUUCAAAGCUACCGGCCUUACGGCGAGGGACUAAUGAUUCCAAGAGCUAAACACCAACACGGCCCGACCACAGCAUCCGGGAACAAUUCAAGCUCAGCCGAGAGAGGUGAAGCUGCACCCAACCGUGAACACCAGUUGAUGGAUUACCUUGAUGGACGCGGUCCCAAGAAAGUUCUUCCGGAUAGAGAUGGUAAAAUGACAGACACCCGUUCAAGCGAAGUACUCUCGGCCGGUGGAAGAACUUCAGUCAGUAGCACUUCACAAUUCCGCGACAGCCUUGGAAAUAUGGAAUCUGCGGAAAAGGACGCACAGGAAAAGGCCGACAGCUCUGUCGCUGUAGACGUAGACAUGACUGUAUCGGAGGUUCGUUCAUUCGAUGAGACGACUAUUCACCCAGCAACGAGGCGACCUGCGCAAUACUACCAAAGUGAUGCUGCGGCUAUGGAAUCUGAUGGCAUGUCAGCCAGGGAUCCGGCUGGUGCCCGUGACUCCGUGUUGCCUGGUCAAAAAACACUGAUUCAACAGUUGCUUUCUUUUCCCCAACCGUUCACCAUUACCCGUCCGAAAGUCUACAAAUCCCUUCCGAGAGAGUGACAACUCCAACUUCGACUCUUUGUAGACCACUACAUACGGGAUGAUCGUGGCCAGAAAAUCUUGAAAUAACAAUUGUUUUUUUUUUUCUUUUCUCGUGAGCGGAUACGACAGCUCUCCAAUUUGAAGUAACAACCCAGCAGGUCGCACACAAAAAAAACAGAGAGAGAGAGAGAGAGAGUUUUAAAAGUAUAUAUUAGACGAUUGGGUUUUUACGAAUUUCUUCAUUUUUUUUUUCCUGCUUUUUGUUUCAUUUCUUGCUGAAGAAAAAAAAAUGAAAGCAAAAGAUGUGUUUGCUCAACUGCCGGGAAAGAUUUUUUAAAAAAUACUUUUGCAUUGUUAUAAUAUCGACCACACAUUUUUCUCUGUAUCCCCCUUUUUUUUACUCUUUUAUUUGUACUUUAUUGAAUGUGAAAGAAGACAUUUCAUUUAAUUGAUGCCUUUUUUUUACAUAGAAAAAGAAAAAAAGGGACAUGUUUUUAAUGUUUUUAAUUAACACCCAGCAUCUUAUAUCUUUUAUCUGUUUAUAUGCAUAACUUUAAUGUUUGGGCGCGAUUCCGGUGACAAUUUUUGAAAUCACCAAAAAUAUGGCAAUCAUUGAGGAUAAAGAUCAAGUAAUUUUUUUUUUAAAUAUUCCCUUCUCCAACCCUUCCCCCCAAAAAAUCUAUUUAGCUGAGGAGAACAAAAUUGUAACAACUAACCUUUGGCUGGACCAAUUUUUUUUAAAUCAUGUUCAGACGGACUAAAAAAACACACGAAACAUCCAGUGAAUUGUUUACCGUUCCUGACAAGAGUGUCCCUACACUAAAACAUUUUUUUGUAUUAUUCUUUUAUCCGGAUUGAUCCCUUGAAAAAAAAAAACAAAAAAAAAUCACAAAUGCCUGUAUAAAGCUUGGUCUACGCUGAAAUGUUUAUUUCAAUACAUCGCCAAAACUAAUAAA